UUGGUAGCUCACAUAAAUGAUUUUCAAUUGGCUAACAAGUCGGAACAAUUUUGAACUUCCUCUUAGUUCGUCUAAAAUUACCGAAAAUGAAGUUGCACGGCUAUUGUAUCGUUAUAUUGUGUUUGAUCCAACUGGACAUUGUGUGGUGUGCUAAAAUAUUGGGAUUUUUCGCGACAGUUAGCCAGUCACAUUUCAUUGUUGAAGAGCCAGUAAUGCGAGAGCUCGCGAAAAGAGGUCACGAUGUUACUGUUGUCACGUCAUACAAACAAUCGGGAGAGCCUCUGAAAAACUACCGAUACAUCGACAUACCGGAUUUUAUCAAUCGACCGGAAAUAGAAUCUUUUCGAACUUCAGCAACCUCUGGUAAUAGUAUUGGACUGGCGCAAAGGUAUACAAUGAUGAAAGAAUUGUCUAGAAUGUCGCUAGACUUAAUGAAUCACGACAAAUUUCUGCCGUUAAAAAACGAGACAUUCGAUUUAUUAGUAUUGGGCUGGUUUAUGAAUGACUAUGCACUUGGACUAUCGGGUCACUUUAAAUGUCCGUCAGUUAUCAUUUCACCGAAUGUCAACUUUUAUACGAUGCGAAAGUUGGCUGGGAAUCCCAGCAGUAUAUCAACUAUUCCAGGAAUAAUGGUAGACUAUGCCACACCAAUGACAUUUUUCCAACGGCUCAAGAAUAUUGGAUAUUACCUGAUCGAAUUUGCAUUUUUGGAAGGAGCAAACCAGGUCUUUGUAGCACCUUUGUAUACGGAAGCCUUUCCUCCAAAUCAAUAUCCCACUUACGACGAGGUACUGAGAAAUGUUUCAUUGAUACUGGUGUCUCAACACUUUAGUGGAAGAACUCCAGAACCUUUACUACCCAAUGUGAUAGAAGUGGAAGGUAUGCAUGUGAAGAAGGAGCCGAGCCCAUUGCCAGAGGAUAUCAAAGCGUUUUUGGAUGGUGCUGCUGAAGGUGUGAUCUUCUUUAGUCUUGGUUCGAAUGCGAGAAGUUCCGAUUUGUCUGAGGAGAGAAUUGCUGUUUUUGUAAACAAAUUCCGCGGUCUGAAACAAAGAGUUCUAUGGAAAUUCGAAACAGACCUGCCAGAUCUACCGGACAAUGUUAAGAUUGGAAAGUGGCUACCGCAAGACGACAUUUUAGCACAUCCAAAUAUUAAACUUUUCAUCUCACAUUGUGGAAAAGGCGGCAUUACCGAAGCCAAGUACCAUGGCGUUCCGAUAUUAGGCAUUCCACUUUUCGCAGACCAAUUUGUCAAUGCUGAACACAUUGCCGAAGAAGGUUGGGCGAAAGUGCUUCCAUUAAACGAUUUGAAUCCGGAAUCAUUUUCAAGUGCUUUGGCCGAGGCUCUAAAUAAUCCGUCGUAUGGAAAUGUUGUAAAGAAAUUAUCGAAUUUAAACCGAGACCGACCUGAACAUCCUCUGGAUAAAGCUGCGUUUUGGAUCGAAUAUGUGAUUCGUCAUAAUGGCGCUAAGCAUAUGCAGAGCCCUGCAGUUCAUUUGAAUGUUCUACAGUUCUAUAUGGUUGAUACAAUUAGUUUUAUACUCGCUGCGCUCUAUGUUACGAUUAAGUUGACUAAAUUUUUAUUCAAAUUGAUUCUAAGGAAAGUGUUUCGAAGGGGACAUGAGAAGAGUAAAAAAGAGUAAAAUUGCUGGUCCUAUGUUUUGAUAAUAAUUCUGUAAAUUUAAGUAAUUAAGAAAUGCUGACACAAUUCUUGCAAAUCAUUGCCAAAGAAAUGGAAUGCGUAAGCAACGCACCAGCAUCUGCACUUGACAAUGGCAAGAAAAUAAUCUUAGUUGUAUGAACUUGUUUGUAUAAGUGUAAAUCGAAUGAAUGAUACACUGUCUGAUUCUCAGACUAAGUAGGUACUAUUUAGUCUAAGGUAUGAUUGUGGUAUAUGAAAUCCAAAUACACAAAUGCUGGUGCGUUGGUUGAAGUGAAAACGAAAUAAAAUAAUUUUUCCGAAGAAGAUCUAAUGUGUUUUAUAUACGAUACAUUUACCUCACGCAACAGAACAUGUGUAUACCAUGCAAUACCUAUGUUUACUGGAUUUUUAAUUCGAAUAAACGAGUCAGA